UGUUUUCGCUCCUAACAACCUUGGGUUGGGGUCAAGUGGGAAAUUACAAAAAGAAGUACAGUAUUAAGGAAGCUCCCUGUUUCCCCAAAAUGUGUCCAUGAGAGAGAGAGCCUGCCAAUUUAUGAUGUCACAAUAUGUCCAAUCUGCUUAAUAACCGCCAUUCUGACCGAGUUUCUCUGCCCAUGACUUGGUAGCUCGGCUGUGUGAAGAGCUCUUACUUUCAAGUCACGACUGGACGCCACCUUUCAUUGUAUAGUAUGCUAUAGUUGAGCAUUGGGUUUGAGCACUGACUCGAACUCAAUCAGAAUAAAGAAUCCUGCGUUCUCUUAUCGUUGCAAAGUUGGAGAUUAUUAUUAUUUUUUGUUUUUCCAAAAGUGGACAUUUCAAUUGAAGCCAAAAGCAUAUUGCUAGCCAGGCUGCCUGCCAGCUGGAGUAUGAACCUUCACAGUUGGACGAUUUCAUGUAUGAAUUCAUGCUAGAAUUCUAUUGUAAUUGUGUUCUUCUCUACUUUCAAGGACCCAAGGAGAACCACGGCCUGGAUCGAAUAGAAGUACGUGAUAACGGCCGUGGAAUCAAAGCUGCGGACGCUCCCGUGAUGGCCGUGCCCCAUUUCACCUCCAAGAUCCACAGCCACGAGGACCUGGAGCGCCUCCAGACUUACGGCUUCAGGGGAGAGGCGCUCGGCUCCGUUUGCGCAGUGGCGGAGGUGUCCAUCACCACCAAGACAGAGGUUGAAGACAUCAGCACCCAGUACACGCUUAAUCCUCAAGGACACAUCGUCUCUCAGAAGCCAACUCACCUAGGCCAAGGUACAACCGUUAGUGUAUUGAAAAUUUUCAAGAAUCUUCCUGUGAGACGACAAUAUUACUCAUCAGCUAAGAGGUGCAAGGAUGAGGUGAAGAAAAUCCAAGACCUCCUGGUGGCCUACGCCAUCAUAAAACCUGAUUUGAGACUCACACUGACUCAUAAUAAGGUGGUUCUCUGGCAGAAGGCCAAGGCGGCCGACCACAGGAGCGCCCUCCUUGCUACGUUGGGGUCCAGUGUAGUUGCUAACCUAGUCCACUGUCACCAUCACCAAGAGCAAGCAGAGAUUUUUCUAGAUGGUUUUUUCCCAAAGCCGGGAGCAGAUUCCUCUUCAACCAGUACUUCUGUUCCAGACAAAACAUUCAUAUUUGUCAACAAUCGGCCUGUCUACCUUAAAGACAUCAUUAAGUUACUUCGCCAACACUAUACUGCGCAGUAUAGGGAUGAGUCCACUCAAAACCGCUACCCCAUCCUAAUGCUUCAAAUUACCAUUGCACCAUCUUCAGUGGAUGUCAAUCUGACACCUGACAAGAGCCAGGUUCUCCUUCACAACAAGGAGUCUUUGUUUACUGCGUUGGAAGCUCUGCUGGUCUCUCUCUAUGGGUAUCGGGCCAAUCGUGAUUUACCAACAAAACAGAUUGGCCCGGAAACCUUGUUUUCAUCAUCCUCAGAGACUGGCAAUCUGCAACUAGAUGAUGAGAUCAGUGCAACGAAGAAUGUUGUGGGAUUUCAAACCCUAAGCGAUCCACAUGAACGGUCCAAUUACCUAAUGAGCAACAACCCACCAUCAAGCAGACGCACCUCGGACAACAGCUCUUCGUCCUCGGUGGCAGAGGACUGGAUUGUCAACCAUAUACCUGGUGAGCAAGAGUCUAACUUUUCUGUUGGUGGUGAUGAAACUGUGCACUUGCCAAGUGAACUCGAGGAGGAUGAAGACUCAACCAGACCCCGUAUAUCAGCUGAAGACUGGAGCAAGGGCACGGCUCUGAUGGACCCGAUAUCUCGAGAGCCUCUGCAGCCUGUCAAAAUUCUUCAAGUCUCUACACCCAGUCACUCCGCUGUCACUGAGCUCAAUGAAAGCAAAAAGACGGUCAACGUCAUCACAGAAAAGCAUACCACUCUGAACGCCUUUGACCUGAUCAGCAACCGGGCGAUGAGAGUGCCACCGUCACCGGUCGCCCUUUUCGAAAAGGAAGCCCGCAUCGAAGUACUCAGGGAGAAACCUGCCGCCAGUCUACAGGAGAUCAGCACCGCUGUUAAUGACAGGUGGAAAAGUCUAAUGGAGGAAGACCGUAAGAAGUAUGAGGAGAAGGCCAAAAAACACCUAGAACAUCAUGACCGCACCUGCGCUGCCAAGGUUGCAAACUGCGGAGGCGGCUCGAAAGAGCGGCGCCCAAGCUCCACGCUGGGCCAGAAGCGCAAGGCCCCGCCACUCUCCAACCAGCAGCUGCUGGACGAGCUCUUCUCUGCACAGCCCCAGAAGAAGCCCAAGAGCUUGACGCCGAAGCCCUCGCAGCCCCUCCCCUGUUGCGUUUCGAGUCUUCGCACACGGCUCCAGCGCCUCUCGUCAUCCCGGAACACUGCGGCACCGCAGGGCCUCUGUUUUAUAAACCAGCUGGCCUCUCAGAGUGUCUGGGUCAUUUUAUGUGGUCAGAGGCUAAUGUUGUUAAACCCCUUUCGGCUACAGGAGUCUUUGCUGCAUAAGAGACUUCUGCAGAAUUAUAUACUUCCAGCAGUCACUUUGCAGAACCCUAUACAGUUAACAGAUAGAACUUUAGGUGGAAGUGAAUCCACGGAUGCUUUGUGCAACAUGGAGAAACAAAGACCUGAUCUGAAUGGCAGGAUGUUAAUCUCUGACCCAAGGCUUGUGGCCAAUGGAUUUAAAGUCAGACUCACACCAGGUAGUGCGUCGGCCGAGAGACAUCUGGAAGUGACCGGGCUGGCCGACAGCGUGCCUUUCCUCGGUGUAGAGGACCUCGGGGAGAUCAUGACUGCGGUUCUUCGUAGGAAUGCCAAAACUGUGCAGGAGUGUCGGCCGCUCAAAGUGUCCAACUACCUGCAAAGUGAAGCCGUUCGACUGGCCCGACAGAUGCCUGCGCAUUUAUCGAGGGAGGACGUGGGGGACAUCCUAAAACAGAUGGAAGAGCAACUUGGUGAGAGCAACCACACUUGUCUCCAUGGAAGGCCUUUUCUACAACUGCUGUCGAACAUCCCUCAUACUGAACACGAGGCUAAGGCUCUGUUUAAACCUUUGGGACUAUGAAAGGCCAACUUGAACAAUAGUAUUUUGGUUUUGCUCUGGACUUUUUCUAAACUGCAAACAUCACCACGUUGCACACAAACACAGAACCUUAAUGAAGCCCUGUUGAAAUACUGUUUUGUAACCCUUCUGUUAAAUUAUCAUCCUAAGAACUGCAAAUAAUGUUUCUUUAACCACGACUGUGGACCAGUAUGUCCUUUCCACUUUUCUACAUAACAGGUUAGGGUUAGGUUAACCCUAACCUUCUUAACUGUCCAAAAAAUCAUAAACAGCCCCCCAAAAAUCUCAAUAACCCCUAUUUAUAUAUCAUUUUUAACAGAAGUACUUAAGUAAUUGUAUGCGGUAGGGUUGGUAAAAACAAUAUUAUUUUAGGUUUACAUUGGGGGACUCACCUUGAAUAUGUAUUCAAAAACUUUUCCGUAAGUUUUCAGUGACCGUCCAGGCUUUUCGAUGGGGUCUUCACAAAGGUUUCCUUUUUCUUUUUAUUUAAAGUGUUUAUUCAGCCACACCUAAAAACUUGUGUUUUCUUCAUUUCUCAAAAGUAACAAGUAAAUGGAUCACGAAUGGUCCAGUGAACGAUUAGGGGAGAUGUUCUCCAUAGAAUUACUACACAGUAAGCCUCUACUUCCUUGGGAAUGCCUGAUCUCCUCUGAUUUCGGAAGCUUAACCAGAGCUGGUCAUGGUUAGCACUUCCUACCACAUAGAAAUACCAUGGAUUGCUGGGAUUGGGCCAAUCACCUGCUCCUGUAAAAAAAAAAAAAAAACAGCCAAAAAAAAAAUUACGGGAUUAUAGAACCCGCAGUUUUGUACUAAUGUUCCUCAUGGCACUAAAACCUCUCAAAGUGAGAAAAAUACAGUCACAUCAUUUUGUGAAGCAUCUGUAGUUAUUCUCAGGGCAUUGAGUCGAUCAUAACUGGGGUGUUCUGGAUGUCAUAGAAGACAUUUUGCUGCUCAUCCGAGCAUGUGAGUAAACCUGUUAGAUUAAAAAUGGAUUGCUGUAGUUCUACAGUGCUGAAGGAAUUGGUCAGCUCCAAUGGUCUGUUUGUGUGCAAAUUUAUUUGCGCCUAUUAUACUACUCCGUCAACUCAUUGUUUUAUGUGUUGCACUUGGUUCUAAAACUGUUGGAAAAAUGAUCUAACCACAGUUAUUUGCUUUUGGGACAUAUUAAAGACUUUGGGGAGGGGGGGUUAGCAUUACCACGUAGUUAAAUGUGGAUGGCUGACGCCAUAUUAUACCAUUUUAAAUGAAUUAUUUUUUUAUUUUUGUGUGUUGGAUUACCAACUUAACAUGCUUUUCGGUUGUCUGACAGUGACGAUAUAGAAUUAUGUAGAUAUCGAAACAGUCCAGGUAACCUUCAUUCUCAUCUUUAUAGAUUCUUUAUCUCUAAACCAGUCAAAGCCCUUCCAUUUCUUUCCCAUGAUGAACUACUUUGUUGUUUCGUCAGUUGUUAAAAUCAUCGGCCCUCUGCCUAAAAUGUGACCUCCCAUCAUUUUCAUUGAAAAUACAUUGUAAAAUUGAAAGAUUUUUUUUUGAAAAGGUCAAAUCAAAUGAAAUCCAAGUCGACUGAAAUUAUUGUGUUACGGGAGCUGCGAGUGGGAUUUCGCUCACUGCCUUGUCGAGGACAUUUUAUCCCCCCCUAAGGAAAAAUCGCAAUCCGAUCUCUUAUCUUGAGAUAAUAUUAUAGUUAGGCCAGUGAAAGGUCAAACCUCACCACGUGUCUUGUUUUACGUGAGAGGAGCCCCCUUCCAUAUGGCUUCAGCAUUGCUGCAGGCGACGGAAGGGCCGCCGCGUCCCUCGAUGCUGCACGGCGUCCUGUGCGAAACGCUUGUAAACAUGUGCCUGAGUUUCUGGUGUCACCAAAUGUAUGCAGCAGCAGCGGAAUCUGCUCCGUGCGUGCUGCUACCCUUAUCACCCAAGGGGCAUUUCGGAGUAAUUGGGGAGGAUUAAAAGGUCAGCAGGAGGCGCCUUUGGCCAUCUGUUCCAUCCCUUUCCCUCCAGCUGAAACCAUCAUUUAGCAGAUUCAGAGAAUUUAAUAAUGCAAUAUUUUUGUGUAUGUAUACAAAGUCUCGAAACGCGUACAGCAUUUUCAAGAUGUUCUCCCGUUACGGCCCGAAUACGUAGCGCUACCUCGUGUUCCACACGUGGCAUUCGGUGCGACUGUAGAUCGUCUUUCGCGAGGCUCUUUUACUCUAGUCAUCAAAUCUAAAAUAAAGGUGCCCAAACUAUUUUUAACCCCUUUUGCCAUCUAUUUUUGGAGCUGUGGUGGAACAGUGCCAUAAAAAGUGGGCCCAGCUAAUAUUUGCACACCUGUUUGUGUUUAGAAAUCUGAACCUUUGGAAUGCAUGCAUACGCUGACGCACAUGACAUAACAUUAAGUACUGUAAGUAAAAACAAUUUUUGAUUGUUAUCCAUAAGUAUCUAUAACCCUUGCUUUUUGCAGCAAUUGGGGGCAAGGUCCAAAUACUAGUAAUGAGCACCAGCAGUCAGAUUGUUUAUACUUCCCUGUAUCAAUAGUUUAAACUGUAUCAAAAACCAUGAUCCCAAAACACCUUAAUAUCAUUUCAAUGUCUGCAAGUUCAAUUAUAAAAUCUAUCAUCCAACUGCGGUCUAGGGCAGGGUGUCCUGAUGCCGACUACGGGCAUCCUUAUGGUUUAACAUGGUGCUCUUUAUUGAUGAUCUAUGACGAGCACAGAAGUUCAAUACAUCUCUCUGGUUCUGGUCGGAAGGACCGUUCUUCCUGAUCUCUGUUAGUGCCGUCUAAGCAUGAGUUCUAUCCAGCACAUGCUAUAAGGACUCCCAAAAAGGACCGAACCGUAGCUGAGUGGAUGAGAGUCCAACCCCUACUAAGAGGAUUGGUACCCGAAGCCAAAUUGUAUCUAGAGGUAAGCCCAAUAAAUCUAGUCAGAACUCCUCAACCUCCCACAACAGCUCGGGCUCCUUCUGUGUCAGAAAGGUCACCGCCAAGGUUCUCACCCAGCCCAUUUUCCGCCCAACCACCUUGAACCCUCCUACAGGUAGUACGCCCAUGGAAAAUCCACGUUGCCUUUUCGUGCUGUACCCGGGCGGACCCUAUAGAUGUAGGCCCACCCACCAAGCAGUCCCCAUCGAGCCCCACUCAUGGUCCUGGCUCCAGAGACUGGCCACAGUGACCUGCAUCCGGUCAAGUGGAAUUUCGGUCCAUAUGUUGUAAUCAUCAUAAGUAAUUAUCAGCAGUACAGCCUCGGUUCUCGAACAUCCCUGUUCUCAAACAAAUUGGUUUUCAGGCGAAAAUUUUUAGCUUUUUUGCCUUCUGUUUUCAAACAAAAAUCGAUACUCAAACACCCCCAACAAAACCCGGGAGUAACAGAACGCGCACGGCCCGACCAGCUGACCCACCUACAACACGCUUUGUUAUUGUCAAUUCGAACAAACCCCCCCCCCCCCCAAAAAAAAUGGAAAUAAUAUAACUCGCGCGUCGGUUGAUUCAGUUUUCGAAUAAAUCUGUUUUCGAACUGCUUUCUAGAACGGAUUGCGGUCGAGAACCGAGGCUCUACUAAUUCGAGCCGUACUUUGUCUGGUCUCUCACCUAGGACCUCUUUGGCUUUGGUGACCCUACCAGCACCUAGAAUCAUUGGGAUCCACAAACUCGUCCACCACAAUAAGCUAAAAGUUUAGGGAGUGACUAUAUUAUCACAUUGGGAAAAGGUUAGAUAUUUUUAUCUACAAUGAGAUUAUUUGUCCAAUGGAAAACUUGCUGAAAAGAAUUGAAAAAGAAAAAUAAGAAUAAUUAUCUCGAAACAAGUCUUUUUCACUUUCUUAUUGUGUCUUUCGCAAAUUCAUUAGUGACAAACUAUACCAUGAAUGCUAUUUGUUCAAUUGGAAAAUCCAUCCGGUCGGUCCUCUUGACACAUACCUGAUACUCCACUCCAUCCGUCUGCGUUACGAAAACCUUGCACAUCAUCCGGAGACAGCAGCUUUUCCAUAAUCUGCCCUCCUUUGGCCUUCGUUUGAGGAACAUUUAUUCAUCAACACUGUCAGGUCUCUUCCCGCAGAGACGAUGCGGUCGUGGCCAUGGACCUCGGAUGGUCAGGGGGCCAUUUUUUUUUUUUUUUUAAGUGUCCCUUUAACCCUUCCAUGGAAGUAAACACAGACAGUGAUUAAUAUUGUAAACAUAUCUGGUUGGAGUGGACACCAAAUUUGUGUCCAAACUUCCAGUGGCUGUAAAAAGUUAUAAAUCAUCCUAUGGCUUCCCAGAGGUGACUGUCAGUGCUCAGGUAGGAAUAGUGAUUCCUUUUCCCUAAUUGAAAAAGCAAACGGAGACCAGACGGAAAGGAUAAAUCACUCCUGGAGGCGAAGACAGGUAGCGUUCAACAGCUGGCCAUCUGGCCGUUAUCAUGUCCUGGGUUAGUUUUAUUACUUUUCAUUGCCUUCCGUGGACCCGGGAGGGAAUUUAAACAAACAAGCUAUCAGCCUGGCCUCAUCCUCCACUGCUGCUUGUUUAAGUGAUUGCAACGUGCAUCGCGAACACAUGGCCCCCAGAUUUUGAAGCCCAUUUCAUCCAAAAAUUUCAUGAACUAAGUUCCAAUUACACUGUGUAAAAUGACUUGUUGGGGCAGCGCUAUGGCAUGUGGUCAGUCGAGAGAUUUGGGAUUUGAAUCUCAGCUUCCCUCCUCUGAGAAAUCUGCCUGUUCUCGCAGUGCUCGGAUGGAUUUUUUUCCAGGCACUCCGGCUUCCUCUCGCAUUCCCAAAACAUCCAUGCUAGGUUUGUAUGGCUAAAUUGUCCAGAGGUGAAUCUGAGUGUGAUUGGUGAUUUGUCUAAUUAUAUUUGACCCACAAUUGACUAACGACCAAUCCAAAGUGCACCCUGCUUCUGUGGCCCAAAGUCAGCUUUGUUUCCUUCAAGAUAGUAGUCUAAACUCUCCAUAGAUGUGAAUAUACCGUCAUUUCCAGCCAACAAACAAGCCGCAACUUUUUUCACACGGUUUCAACCCUGCGGUGAUGCGGCGCUAGCGUUAGCGCACCUGGUUAUAAGCCUCGGUACACAAAAAGAGUUUAACGCUAGACCUGUUAGUCCGCCUUUAAAAGUCCACGUCCGCUCCAUGUAUUAUCCUGAAUCAGAUGCACCUGUGUGAGGUCGUUAGGUGUAUAAAGACACCUUGUCCACCCCAUACAAUCAGUAACACUCAAACUUGUAACAUGGGCAAGACCAAAGAGCUGUCCAAAGACACCCAAGACAAAAUUGUACAACUCCACACGGCUGGAAAGGGCUACGGAGAAAUUGCCAAGCAGCAUUUUGAAAAAAGGUCCACUGUUGGAGCAAUCAUUAGAAAAUGGAAGAACCUAAACAUGAUGGUCAAUCUCAAUCGGAGUGGAGCCCCAUGCAAGAUAUCACCUCGUGGGGGUCUCAGUGAUCCUUAGAAAGGUGAGGAAUCAGCCCAGGACUAAACAACAGGACUUGGUCAAUGACCUGAAAAGAGCUGGGACCACUGUUUCCAAGGUGAUUGUUGGUAAUACACUAAGACGUCAUGGUUUGAAAUCAUGCAGGGCACGGAAGGUUCCCCUGCUUAAACCAGUACAUGUCGAGGCCCGUCUUAAGUUUCCCAAAGACCAUUUGGAUGGUACAGAGGAGUCAUGGGAGAACGUUUUGUGGUCAGAUGACACCAAAAUGGAACGUUUUGGUCAUAAUUCCACUAACCGUGUUUGGAGGAAGAUGAAUGAUGAGUUCCAUCCCAAGACCACCAUCCCUUGUGUGAAGCAUGGGAUGGUAGCAUGAUGCAUUGGGGGUUUUGGGACAGGACGACGGCACUGUGUUAAGGAGGGGAUGAUUGCGGCCCUGUAUUGUGAGAUUUUGGGGAACAACAUCUUUCCCUCAGUCAGAGCAUUGAAGAUGGGUCGUGGCUGGGUCUUUCAACAUGACAAUGACCCAAGCACACAGCCAGGAAAAUCAAGCAAGAGCUCCGUAAGAAGCAUAUCAAGGCUCUGCUGUGGCCUACCAAGUCUCCAGACUUAAACCCAAUAGAAAAUCUUUGGAGGGAGCUGAAACGCCGUGUUUCUCAGCGACAGCACAGAAAUCUGUCUGAUCUAGAUAAGAUCUGUGUGGAGGAGUGAGCCAAAGUCCCUCCUGCAAUGUGUGCAAAUCUGGUGAACAACUACAGGAAACGUUUGACCUCUGUAAUUGCAAAUAAAGGCUACUGUUCCAAAUAUUAACAUUGGUUUUCUCAGGUGUUCAAAUACUUAUUUUCAGCAGUAUCACACGAAUAAAUUGUUAAAAAAUCAUACAUUGUGAUUUCUGGAUUUUUCUUUGUAGAUUAUCUCUCUCACAGUGGACAUGCACCUACGAUGAAAAUUUCAGACCCCUCCAUGAUUUCUAAGUGGGAGAACUUGCAAUAUGGCAGGAUGUUCAAAUACUUAUUUUCUUCACUGUAAAUAGCAGGGGAAAUGUACUGAUGCCUGAAGCUGAAGUACGUCAUUGGCCGCCAUUUUAACAACACCCAAAAAUUCAGGAAAACUGAAAUGGUGAAAAACGUUUAAUGCUGGAUAUCCACAACUGAGUGCUAUUUCAUUCUAAAGUCUUUGCAUGUUUCUCUGAAUUAUCUGCAGAUAUAUACAAUGUGUUUAAAAACAAAUCUCAGAAUUUGUUUUAUGGGGUCUUUGA